CAAAAGCAUUUAGAAUUUAGUUGAGUGUUAACUUCGCUAGUGAAUGCAUUAUUAUACGGUUUUAUACAAAGCUCUUCAUACAAUGACUUCGGAAAAUGCGAAACAAUUCUUCCUGAUGUUACUUUUAACAGUAAUUUGGACAAAAGCAUUAUCUCAACAGCAACCCAUUGAUUCCGGCUUAAUUUCUGCAGUUAAUAGAGUUUUCAAUAAUACGAUUAACAAUCAGCGGUCGAGUGAACCAUUUAAUCGAGGAAUUGGUCAUAUCGUUACACCCGUACCAAUUAGCGAUGCCGAGCCCUUAGCUAAUUUCCAAUCGAUUUCUGGUCGUUCACAAUGCAAUUGUGUACCAUAUCAUAUGUGUGAUCCAACGACGAAUACGGUAACGGAAGAUGGUAGCUUUGAUGGCUUCGGUUUAAUAGAUUUACGUUUCAGUAGAAAUGAUGAUCCAGUUUGCGAUCAUUUCUUAGACGUUUGCUGUGACGGUGCGCGGGUGCAUAACGAAAGUUUGACUCCGACUCCUCAAGAAGAACGAUCUUAUCGGGCUACGGGCUGCGGGAUUAGAAAUGUGGGUGGCAUCGAUUUUAAUAUAACCGGAGCUGAUGAUAAUGAGGCAGGUUUUGGCGAAUUCCCCUGGACCGUAGCCUUGUUAUUAGCGGACAAUUUAACUUAUUUUUGUGCCGGUUCUCUAAUACAUCCCCGUGUGGUGUUGACUGCGGCUCAUUGUAUAAAUAACUUAGCGAACAAUUUUAUUGUACGAGCUGGCGAGUGGGAUACACAAACAAUUAAGGAACGCUUGCCGUACGAAGAACGUGAAGUUUUAAACACAAUUAUUCAUCCGAAUUUCAACACUAGAAAUGUGGCGAAUGAUUUUGCUUUGGUUAUAGUAAAUGCACCCUUCACUCUAGGCGAUCAUAUCAACGUAAUAUGUUUACCAUCACAAAAUCAUAUGCCAAGAGAGGGAACAAUUUGUUAUUCGAGUGGUUGGGGUAAAGACGUUUUCGGGGCCGAAGGACGUUUUAGCGCGAUUAUGAAACGCGUUCCUUUACCUAUAGUCGAAUUCAAUUCGUGCCAAACACAAUUGCGUGCAACACGUUUGGGACCAAGAUUCGCUUUGGAUCGGUCUUUUAUAUGUGCAGGCGGUCAAGCUGGGAUCGAUACAUGCGUAGGUGAUGGUGGUGCUCCUUUGGUCUGUGGAAUUGGUUUGCCUAAUGAAAAUCGUUAUCAUCAGAGUGGCAUUGUUGCCUGGGGCAUAGGAUGUAAAGACGCAAUUCCUGCAGCUUAUGCGCAUGUGGGCUCCGUCCGCGCUUGGAUUGACGAACAAAUGCUGGCCAAUGGCUUCGAUACGUCAUCAUACUCACCAAAUUAGUUUAAGAAAUUAAGUUCGAAUUUUUUUUUUCUUUCUUUAUUUCUACACAUAAUUAAUUUUAUUUUUAUUAUAAAAACAAAUCAUAAAA